AUGACUUCUCCCCCAGCAUCACCGAAUGAGAAGGAGUUCUCCAGCCCCUGUACACGGUACUCCAAUGCGUCUUCAUCAUCUACUCUUCGUUCAAACACAACUCUAAAGUCGCUGCGACACGUAGCAAACAGCUUCGGGCUGUUGCUACCGAGAAAGAAGCCAGCCGAUGUAGAACAGCAGGCUGACUCUACCGUUGGCGAAGACGAAGACGAUGAAGAAGGUGAUGGGCCUAUCUUCCCACCCGGUGGGUCAGGGCCGUAUCCAACCAAAGUGCGAACACUCGAAAAAUGUCCGAAUGGCUACGCACGACUCGCAGCCUUCAAUGCAAGUGAACAAAACUUCAUGCUUUACCGCGGCUUCAGCAACGUUCACGCACGCCUCCUCUUGAGCCUUCAAGCCAGUAUCCAGAAGCUCGAAGCCGAGCUAGACGACAUUGACCGCUUCCAUAACACCCUUCCCAAGACCUACAAGAAGCGCUUGCGAUCCUGGGAUCUCGACGUCGCAGCCUGCAGGCAAGAGAAAGAGGAAGCGAAGGAAGACGGAGACGAAGACGAGGUCCGGACGCGAGAAGAUAUCCUAGAGGAAUUGAGAAUCAAAGUGAACCGAUACGACGAGCUCCUGAUCAAAGCUAGAGAGCUCAUCUCUUUCCAAAGGCCGACCGAACGUGAUUACCGAAGCGUGAGAAACUGGAUCCACAACAUCGCGCCCCUCGUAGACGAGGAGCAAGAUUAUAUACUGUGGAAAGAGGAUAUCGUAACGCUCAGACAUGGGAGGGAGUGGGCAGGUUUUGACGGUAUGGUCGAAGCGAUGUUGCAUAAGAUAGAUAGCCGGCCCAUUCAAUGGCUCUUCCGGACCGAUGAUCAGAGGCGUAAAUCCACGGAUAAGAGGAAUUACUACUUUGCUCCUUCGAGGGUGUCGACGCUGGUCAAUCUCUGCAUUACUGUUGCGCUUUUCUUGCUGCUGGUAGCUCCGGUUUUGGCGAUGUACCGUCUCUCGACUAUCAAGACCACAGAAUGCGUGUUUGCAGCUAUUGGAGUUUUGAUGGUCUUCACGUUGCUGUUUGCUGCAGCUAUGUCGCUGCUCACGAAGGCGAAGAGGCAUGAGUUAUUUGCUGCAGCCGCAGCGUAUUGUGCCGUCUUGGUGGUUUUUGUUGGGUCCACUAAUUUCAGUUGA